UAAAUUCACAGCAUCACUUUAUUUAUCAUUCCAGCAACCCUAGCUAUAUUGUGCAUUUGUCAUUCAUCAAUGGUCUGAUCAAACAUACCUUUCAUAUUAGAUUAAGCCAGCAUGGUGAACUACCUGGAAACGUAUGCUGUCCUAGCAAAUUUCCCAUAAAGAAGCAAACCAUGGAGGACCUUCAAAUAAUCAUUCAAUAAGUGCAAAAUAGCUGCAGCAGAUUUUUUGCGGACAUUCUGAAGGACGCUUUGGUGUGAGAAAAUACCACGUUAAAGGACUAAGAUAAACUUGUUACACUCAUUUUCUUUAUAGUUACCUUUCCAAACAUAAUAAAAAAUGGAGUCAUGUACAAGCAUUAAAAAGCAAAUAAAAGAGUUAUUCUUUUGAUUUAUAUUUCUGUUAUUUGUCUACAAUUUGUUAAAAGGACACAACUCUGGAGUUUUUGAAAAGUAGUCACAUUGUCUGUCUGCUCAAUAUAAGAUAAUUCAGACCAACCAUCCUCAUUAAGAGUGGUAUUACUGUGGUCUGGAGUGGAAAAUUCGGAGAAAACUUUCCUAACCGAAAAUUCGUUUGCCCUUUCAGCAAAUGAUUAAUCACUUGUAGAGGAAAAUGUAGCCAUCACAUGGAAAGCUGUAGCGACUUGACUGGCCGUGACGUCCUCCUACAGGUUAACUUCCGAGCCAGGCAGCUGGCCCAGACUCAAUCGCACUCUCACGUAUGCCUGGUACACCAGCCAGUCAGGUUUUAGAGGGAUUUCCAAAUCACUGAGCAUUUGCUAUGCUAGUCCCCAGCUCCAUCUUGGAAAAUACGAUAGACAAGCAGUUAAAAUGCGAUAACAAGCAGAAUAAUGAAGUUCACGGAUUUCACAGACAGAUGGUGCUCGUGACUGCCCUCCGUUGCUUUAAAUGACCACUUUGUCGAUGGGAAGUACAUCCAGCUAGAAAGUAAAAAAAAAUAGGUUCCUCAAAUUAGGAUAAUAGAGGAAUCUUUAUGAUGGGUUAAAUACUAGAAAAGAAGCAAAAAGCUUAGGUUGCAUAGUGAGAUGUAGAAUCAGACAAGUCAACGUAAAAUGCAAAAAUAUAUAUUUAUUUACAAUUUACAACGAUGUAUAAUGAUCAACAAGGGGGUGAUUUCGUCUGACGUGCACACGUUCUUCGUCAUUAUGGGGAUGAAAUCGAUGACACGGCAGCUGCUGGGACGCGUCUAACCGUGGUAGCCAUGAGCCAGGCCGAGUCCGUGCGCUCCCAGCAGGCCGUGGGCGCCGGCCAGCACGGGGGCGGCGACGACGGCGGGCGCUGCGUGGGCGAGGACGGCGGGGGCGGCGUGGGCGGCGGCGGCAGCGUGGGCGGCGGCAGCGGCGUGGGCGGCGGCGCCGUUGAUGUGGGCGUCCCGGGCCUGCGUCUGGGCGACGGCGGUCAGGUGGGCGGCGCGGGCGGCGGCCACGUCGUGUGUGUCCUGCACGUAGCCGCCGGGGCCGACGGCGAUGUGGGCGGGGCCGUAGGCGGCGUAGCCCGGGUGGACUGCGGGGGCGGCGACGACGGCGUGGGGCGCGGCCACCAAGGCGGGGGCGGCGGCGACCACGCCGUGGGCGGCGCCCAGGUAGCCGGGCCUGGCCACGGCCACAGCGACGACGGCGACGAGCAGGACCAGCAGGACCUUCAUGGCAGGGCUGUUGUUGGAGCUGCUAUGAACUGUACCGUGACACCGACGGCCACGUCCUUAUAUACGACGCGGGCGCCGUGA